AUGUCUGGAGCUCCAGGACUGGCCUUCUGUCUGCUGUGCCUGCUGUCUGUCUGCACAGCCUGCUACAUCUCCAACUGCCCUAUCGGAGGCAAGCGCGCACUACCCGACCUGCCCAGAAAGUGUCUGUCGUGCGGUCCGGGGGACAGGGGCCGGUGCGUGGGGCCCAGCAUCUGCUGCGGGGAGGGCAUGGGCUGCUACCUGGGCUCCCCGGAGGCGGCCCGCUGCCUGGAGGAGAACUUCCUGCCCUCCCCCUGCGAGGUCGGGGGUCGUGUCUGCGGCUCGGAGGACGGACACUGCGCCGCCCCCGGCAUCUGCUGUGACUCAGAGGGCUGUGCUGUGGACCAAUCGUGUCUGGAGGGAGACGAUGACGAUGCCCUACUCAAGCAAUCAGAGAGCAGCGAAGACCUGCUCAUGAAACUCCUGCACAUCAGCGGCGGACACCCCUUCAGGCUCCACCAAUGAGCAACGCUUAACAAACCUCACCCCAACCAAUGAGCAACGUUCAAAAACACGUCAUCCUUUACGAGCCCUGACCCUGAGCAAUUAAGGUGUAUCUAUAAAACACAGUGACCGCACCGAGUCAAUGACCUGAGUAUACACAUGUACAUACAAAUACUGUAUUUUGUACAUAGAUUAUAGAGUAUAGACGUACGAAAUAAGAACAGAGAAUACUGUAUUGUACUGUAAUAGUGGUUUCUGGAGUUGAAUAA